AUACGAGGACGUGAAGUCAUGUCCAUACGAAGAUGUGCAUGUUUUGUGGUCUAUACUCGUGGAGUCUCAUCCACACACUUUGCAACAAAAACAGUAAAAACUCCAUUUCAUUAUUGUUGUUACUCUCUUUUUGGUUCGGAGGGUUCAAUAUCAAAUGUUCAUGCCCAAGGACAGAAACGAAGAAGAAACUUGUUAAGGACAUGAUUCAUAUAUAUGUUCUCUUCUCACUUGUACAUAGAUAAUAUGAAUACACUGAGCUUUUC